UCACCAGCACUGUCACCCCACCACCCCACCACUCCGUCAAUCCGCGCAACCCCACCCUCAAAACGCAGCAUUCCCCCCAUUCCCGCCCAGCAAUCACGAUCUACACACAUACACGGACAGAUGGCGACUCCGGAAACCUCCUCGACCGCCUCCCCCUCGGGCCCCGGCCGUCCACUGGACAUGACGGAGCUCCUGGAGCGACAGAACGACUACCUCGCGCUGCGGCACAACGUCGCGAUGGGGAUGCUGAUUGUUGCGCCGGCGCUGAUCGCGCUGCCGCCGCGCAAGCUCGACAUCUACACCGCCGGGCUCGCCUUCACCUGGGUGUUCUGUCUCAACGAGGUGACGAAGCACCACUUCAACGGCGCGGGGAUCCUGCGCGUGAUCGUGGGAAAGCGCGAGGGCGAGCUCGAGGAGCAGCAGCGAAAGGAGAAGGAGUUGACUACUGGCUGGCGCGGCGAGGAUGUGCAUGCUACCGCCAAGUUCUUCAAGGAGCGCGAGGAGGAGGGCCUCGGCAUCGGAGAGAUCAUCAAGGAGAGCGUCUGGGAUGUCUGGCAGCAGAGGGGCAGCCGCAAAAUCACCCCCGAGGAGGAGGCCGACGAGGAGCUGCCGCUGAAGGAGAGGGUGCUGAAGUAUGAGAAGGAGAUCAGGGAGAAGAAGGAGAGGGAGGCGGUGGACGAGUUGACGAAGUCGACGUAGGCGGACGAGGAAGGUGGUGGAGACGAUUGUAUGAUACGGACCGGAAAAGUGGGGGUUUUCAUUUAUCUACUUUGCAUGGACUGACUGUAUAUUACUCUUAUCUUAUGACGUCGAUCGAAUUGGUUCGUCUGGAGGCUGCGGAAAUGGUUGGUGAUCCCCGGAUUGAAGAAACCUAACUGCCGGUACUUAGUCAAGUUGCUUUCGCGGUGAAAAAGACUACCAUCAGUGACUCCCGCAGCAGAUGCUUCACAGAGUGCUUAGAGCUAAACUGAUUUGCCCUACCGAAUUGCA